GAUUUACAACAAAGAAUGAUUUGGUAAAUGUCGUUUCGUAUUAAAGUUCUGUAUGAGCCAAUGGCCGAAUAGUCAACUAGCUGGGUGUCUUAGCUUAUGCAUGGCGUCUCUUCUAAGAAGAAGAAUCGUUCGAGUAUAUCCAAGAUCUGUACAGAGGUUGUUAUACUCCACAUCAGUGCAAGCCUCAGGCGCUACUAAAGAGGAGGCCACUAGCCCCACUGGGAGCAGCCAUGAUGUUAAGCCGUCCAUCCCCAUGGUACCAAAAAGGAGGGACCCUGAUGCUGUACUCAAAGCUCUAGCGAGCACUGUGGAGCCUGUUGAGAUACCGCUGUACAUGAGAGGGAGAGGCAUUGCAGACCCCCUAUACCCCAGGGGGAGAGGUUAUCACAUGGUCUACACUAAGCACUUGGAGGCUGGGAGAGCUGCUGCAGAAAGCAUUGUUCAGAAAUGGCCGAAACUUUUCCCUAGCAAACCAACAGACCCAAGUCCAGCCAAUGAGGGCUUGGGAAAAUCACCUUUAGAGUGUCUGAUAAUUGAAAGAGAUGCAACAAAAGCAUGGAGCAUGUACGAGACAAUGAAAGAAGAAGGUGAAGAGGUACCUCUGAGUGUUGAGAAUGAGCUACUGGCAUUAGUGGCCUACCACGGACUGGGCAACACUCGAGCCACCAGUCCAGACGAGAGUGACAUCUAUGUCCACUGGCCACGGAAUACAGCCGGCUCUCAACCUCCCUCUCGAGCUGACACUAAGGCACCAGUUGAUGCUAGUACCGGCACUAGGACACAAGCCAUUACAGCUGAGGAUGUGGAAGGUUCGGAAGUGGAUGAAGAAAUUGGAGGGGACGCUGAUGAAGCUACUAAAGUCAGUGUGUGGAGCACUGACAACACUGCAGAGUGUAUGUUUCGUGAGAUGAAGAAAAAAGAUGGAGGCACUUACGAAGCUCUUAUUCAAGGACUUAUCAAGUUCAAUAGAUAUGGGAGAGCUUUUGACAUAUUUCAGGAAAUGAGAGACAAGAAUUUCCAAGCUAAUGUAGGUAUCUACAAUCUCUUGUUGUCUGCUCUGAAGGGCUACCGGGUCUUCAACAUUGCUACAAGUCUUGUGAAAAACAUGGUCUCAAGACCAAUAAUACAACCAAACAUCACGACAAUGAAUCACUUGCUAAGAAUUUCAUCCAAGCUGGAGGGAUCUACUAAAUCCAUCUCUCUAAAGAUUAUGAGGGAACUACUUCACCUUGGUUUAGAACCAACGCUGACUACAUUUGUGAAUCUCCUAGUGGCGCACUCAUCUGACAGGUAUGGCUCGACCAAUGAGGAGCGUGCCGUCAUUCUGGAGCAGGUGGUGAGCUACAUUGAGAGCAACAAACAGAUGAUGACACUAACAGAGGAAACUGACGCUGUCUUUUUCAUUCAAGCAUUUAUGACUGCCCGGAAGAUUGGAUCCACAGACCUAGCCAUGCGACUUAAAUCUUUGGCUGCAGUCCAUGGCAACUUUCUCGUUGAUAACAUCAAUUAUGUCAUGGGUCUUUAUUUAUCAACACUUUGCCAUAAUACUCCCAUUGAGACCACUAUGGCUGAAUACCACAGUCUGGUCCCCAAGGUGACUGUUCCGCUUGAGUGGGUGUACAGAGACAUGUUUGAGAUGUGUGAUAGACACAAAUCAGCAGAGAUGGCACUACAAUUAUGGAAACAUACAAAGCGUUUCAUGGUUCCCCUCACACAAGUGAACACUCUAAACAGACUCUGUGGAGCUCUGACACACACCAUUCCACAAGAGGAUCUCCACUCUUACCUGGAGGCCCUCAAUGAGGUGUGGGAGAUAUUCAAGAACUCUGGCAACAAUCCUUCUGAGUUGCUGAUCACAGCGAUGGUUAGAGCUCAUGUCCAAGACAACAACCUCGACGAGGCAUGGAGGUACUUCAAGCACUUUGACAAACCAAGCUUCCUUGCUCUGGUGACAUUACUGAAGAAGUAUAACUUGUUAGAGGAUAAGAAAAAGACAUUGGAGAUACUGGAAAUAAUGGUGGAACUUGAUAUGACCAUGCCACAGCGAUUUGUUAGGGACAUUGUGUCGAAUGCUGGAGCCUCUGAGGAAACAAGAGAUAGACUUGUUAAUCGAUUGGCAAACAUGAAAGAAACGGAAGGUGAAGAGGAGGUAUCAAAUAAAGAAGCGACUGAUAAGGCAGAACCUUUUGACUCAUAGCUUAGUUUGUUUCAAUGGUUAUUGGCUCAACAUGCAACAUCAUAAUAAAUGACAGGUAUCGUGA